UAUUAGGUGUAGAUCUGCGCAACGUCUGUCGCCACUAGCUGGCAGGCUAUCAAUAUGGACUGCUAGUAAAUAAAACCGUUGCAACUAAACAGGUUAUAGGAGUCUGGAGAAAGGAGAUGUUAUGUCUUGUGAUGGAACAGGUUUUACACACAUUAAAGUCUGAUUGAACUGUGUGAGGGGGCCAAGCAAUGAAUAAACCCAAAAUGGCAACAGAGAAAGGCAUCCCCAGCAGUUCCCGGGUGCUGAUGUUACUCGGGCAGUUGGAGAGGUUCAAUGUAGAGACUCUGCAUCCCGACAGCGAGGCCAUCAGACAAGUGACCGGCAAAAUCCUGCACCUCAUCCAGACUCAAGAGAAGACGCAUAAGGAGAUCAUGGCUAAAGGAUCGAGUGGGAUGGAGGUCAUUCUGUCGUCUCUAGAGAACACGAGGGAUUUACAGACGACUCUGAACAUCUUGGGGAUUCUGAAUGAGCUGUUGACUGUGGGUGGCGGCCGCAGGAUCGGAGUGUUUGUGUCUAAAGGAGGAACCGGAAUCCUCAUGCAGUUACUGAUCAGCUCAGGUAGAGAAACGUCUCCCAGCGAAGAGCUCAUGCUGCAGAUCCACUCUCUGCUGGCCAAAGUCGGGCCUAAAGACAGAAAGUUUGGAAUUAAAGCCCGGCUGAACGGGGCUCUGAAUGUGACCAUCAACCUGCUGAAACAGAACCUGCAGAAUUACAAGCUGCUGCUGCCGUGUUUACAGGUGCUCCGUGUUUACGCCAGCAACUCAGUGAACGCUGUGUCUCUGGGAAAGAGCGGCGUGGUGGAGAUGAUGUUCAAAGUCAUCGGCCCCUACAGCAAGAAGAACACCACACUGCUGAAAGUGGCCCUUGAUACUUUGGCAGCAUUGCUGAAAACGAAGAUGAAUGCAAGGCGGGCGGUAGACAGGGGACACGUGCCAGCUCUGCUCGCCAUCUACCAGGACUGGCAUCGCAACGACACGCGCCACAGAAACGUUCUGAUUCGCAAAAGCAUUCUGGGUUGCAUCAAAAACAUCACUAACCUUAAGCUGGGCAGAAAGGCCUUCGUCGACGCAGACGGCAUGAGGAUUCUCUACAACACUUCUGCUGAGUGUUUAGCUGUUAGGACUUUGGAUCCUCUGGUUAACGUUUCCAGCCUGAUCAUGAGAAAGUGCUUUCCAAAGAACCGCUUGCCUCUGCCCACCAUUAAGAGCGUCUUUAAUUACCCACUACCCCACGUUCCAGCCUCCGGACCCGUUGCUCAGCUCUACAGUCAGCUACCGGAGGUGGAUGACGUUUUAGACGAGAGCGACGAUAACGAGGACACUGAGAUCGAUACGGAGAAUGAGGAGGACGAGAAGGACCACAAGUCACAGAAUGAUGACAUCGAAACGGAUAUCAACAAACUGCGACCCAGACAGUUACCCAUACGCCCAUUUGAUGAGCUAAGACCUUUUGAACGUUUCUUUCCGGAAUUUUCUGAGGAUUUUCAGGACCAUGAUUUUGAGACUAACAAAUCCACAUCCCCUCCCGCUUCUGAGGCUCCCAAGCACCAAAAACGCUCUAUAGUCAUCCCCACGGCUCAGACCACACCCAGAAACAAAUCCUCACACCAGAACGAGGAAGAAAAAACGGUGGAUUUAGACAGCAUCAAAAUCUCCAAAGCUCCAGAGCGAGAGCUGGUACACGGUCUGAGCCGGCUGCUUCUAGAAUCCUCUGAUCCGGUGAACGGAGGAAGCUGUGUGGAGGCGGGGCUUCAGGAAGAGGGCGGGGAGCAGGCGGAGCUAGAGGUGCCUGACACUGCUGCCCUUUUGCCUCUGCAUGACCCCGAUCUGUACCUGGAGAUGGUGAAAGGAACAUUCUCUGUGCCUGGGUACACCGAGGUGGCGUAUCCGGAUUACUUUGGUCACGUGGCACCUUGCUUUCGAGAGCACAAUCUUGAGCGGGUGUACGGUGUACAGAGGGCAAAAAUCUUCCAGGAUAUCGAGAGGCUCAUUCACCCCAGUGACAUCAUGGAUAAAGUUGUGUAUGACCUUGACCUGCAGAGCUGUCCCUUAAUUGAUGACGAGGAGUCACUGAAGUUCAACUCGCAGUUUGAAUCAGGGAACUUGCGCAAAGCAGUUCAAGUCAGAAAGUGCGAGUAUGACUUGGUGCUAAACUCGGACAUCAACAGUAACCACUAUCAUCAGUGGUUCUACUUUGAGGUGAGCGGCAUGCGUGUGGGAGUACCGUAUCGCUUCAACAUCAUCAACUGUGAAAAAUCCAACAGCCAGUUCAACUACGGCAUGCAGGUGCUCAUGUACUCGGUACAGGAAGCGAUCAGGGGCAGCCCGCGUUGGGUUCGCACUGGAUCUGACAUCUGCUACUACAAGAACCAUUUCUCACGGAGCUCCAUCGCAGCCGGGGGUCAGAAGGGCAAAUCCUAUUACACCAUCACCUUUACCGUGACCUUUCAUCACAAGGAUGACGUCUGUUACUUCGCUUAUCAUUACCCGUACACCUACUCGACCCUGAAGAUGCAUCUGCAGAAGCUGCGUGCUCUGUGCACGCCUCACAUCUACUACAGACAGCAACAGCUUUGCAAGACGCUCGGAGGAAACGACUGCCCUCUGCUGACCAUCACAGCCAUGCCGGAGUCCUCUAGCAACGACCACGUCUGUCAGUUCAAGAACCGCCCUCUGGUCUUCCUCUCGGCACGUGUUCACCCCGGAGAGACUAACGCCAGCUGGGUGAUGAAGGGCACGCUGGAGUUCCUGAUGAGCUCCAGCCCUCUGGCACAGAGCCUUCGAGAGAGCUACAUCUUCAAAAUCAUCCCCAUGCUCAACCCAGACGGAGUCAUCAACGGCAAUCACAGAUGUUCUCUGAGUGGUGAGGAUCUGAACAGACAGUGGCAGAACCCCAGUGCAGAGCUUCACCCCACCAUCUACUACACUAAGAGUCUGCUGCAGUACCUCAGUGCUAUCGGAAAAGCACCACUGGUGUUUUGUGACUACCAUGGCCACUCAAGGAAGAAGAAUGUGUUUAUGUACGGCUGCAGCAUAAAGGAGUCGGUGUGGCAGACCAAUGUCAGUGCCAGCUCCUGUGACCUGCAGGAGGACCUGGGAUACAGGACUCUCCCUAAGCUGCUCUCUCAGCUGGCUCCAGCUUUUAGCUUGUCCAGCUGCAGCUUCGUGGUGGAGCGAUCGAAAGAGUCGACGGCGCGAGUGGUGGUGUGGAAGGAGAUCGGUGUCCAGCGCAGCUACACCAUGGAGAGCACGCUGUGCGGCUGCGACCAGGGCAAAUACAAGGGUCUCCAGAUUGGGACGAGGGAGCUGGAGGAAAUGGGAGCUCAGUUCUGCAUGGCUCUGCUCAGACUGAGACGCCACACUUCACCCCUGGAGCUGCGCAACCACAACACACACCUACUGGACGUGGAGAGUGAUCUAAUAGAUACAACCUGCAGUGUCACUUGCCCCACCACUUAUGUGAUGGAGGAAGACGAGCCUGCCUUUAUAGAAGACGUGGACUACAGCGCCGAGAGUGACAACGAGAACGACCCUGAGCUUGAACCUGCCCAUCUGGACCUGAACUCGGACCCUGAAUUCAACCACCAAGACUCUCUUACCUGAGAGCUGAGAGGGCUUAUCAUAUAUAGCGUACCAAAUUCAGCUUUAACACACAACCUACAAAAUACCAAACGACUUAUUUACUGAUACCAGUGUACGUUAAUUAAGCUUCAUUUUCAUUUCUAUCAAUCUAACUGAAUCGUAUUCGUAUUAUAAACAUAUCUUUCUGUUAAUACUGUAAGGUCAAAUUAAAUCAAAAGUUCUCGACUGCAACAUGGCCAGUCCACAAAAAAGAAACCAGACACAUGUAGAACGUCCUAAAAGUAGAAUGUAAGUAGCUACGCAUGAGGUAAAUGUGAAAAAUGCUAAACGCCUUAGCGAUCUCAAGUCAUUAAGAACAAAUGAAUGGUGCUACAUGUGGACGCUUCACUUUCACUAUGUUCACAUAGACUACAGCGAAGCUGCCUUUCUCUUAAACCUUAAAGCAUUGACAUUGUAUCACCACAUUAUAUUAUAUCAUUCUAAUAAAGUUCCAUUGCAGCACAUUGUACAGGAUUGCAUGGCAUAAAAA